AGUCCAGAGAAGGUUAAAAGGUGAAUAAAUAGGAAAAUGCUGCUAAAUUAAAUAAAAACAACAAUAUUUGUUUUUCCUUUGAUGUGUCCAUAUAUAAUUUCUAUGAGAGAAUGCUGUGAAACAAUUUCAUUACGACAGCAGGGUGCAUAUUUUACGAAGUAGUUGUUGAUGUUAUGAUAUAUUAUUGUCGAAUUCAUAUAAAAACAUUAUUUUAUUUAUUAUAUACAGAACAACAUCUGUAAGGUCAGCUAGUAUUAAAUAUUUCCUUGUUUUUUUUUUUUUUUGUAGGAUCAUCUUGCUGAUUAUAAUGUCUCAAAGUGUACAAAUUUUAAUAAAUAUUAGUGUACUCCAUAUAUGUGGGUUGGGCUACUAAGUCAUGAUGUCAUUUAAAGAGUGACAGUAGGACUGCCAUUUUUUUUCAGUAUGUGUUCUUAAAUCUUAACUCUACAAUGCAAUCAUUCGCAGCCACAUGGAUUACGGCACUAUGUUUUUGAUCCCAGGAAAUAAAGCAGGUCUGAAUAAACUGGACAAAAUUCAGGCUAAAUGCUUGCGCAUAAUAUUAGGAGCCAUGAAAUCUAGCCCGAUUAAUGCCAUGCAAGUAGAGUGUCUGGAACCCCCCCUUUCACUUCGCCGUCAAUUUCUUGCCAAUAAAUUUUUUCUCAAAUUAGCUGAAUGUUGUGGACAUCCCUUGCUUCCAAAAUUAGACCAACUAUUUGCUUUAUACAAUAAUAAUAAUAUUCCUGAAGACAAAAGACCCUGCAUUCUCCACAGUUACUUAUUAUUCUCUCACCUCUCUUACCCCCUCUUCCAAUAUUCUAAAUUGCCUCUAUUUACUAUGCCUUUUAGUGCACUCACUUUCCAACCAUCUGUAAUUUUAAACUUAGGUAUAGAUAAGUUUUCCAUAGAAGCCAAUAAAACUUUUUCUCAGAUAAUGUACUCUGAUUUUCAAAAUUGGCAUAAAAUCUACACUGAUGCUUCAAAAACAGACAUGAGCCCUGUUGGUGCUGCAGCAUGGAUUCCUUCAACAAGAAUUAUACUCAGUUACAGCUGCCCAUCUAUCACUUCUGUUUUCACUGGGGAAUCGGAAUUCGGAAUUGCCAUUCUUGAAGCAAUUUUAUUUGUUAAGGCUCAUGGCAUGAACAACUCUAUUAUUCUUUCAGACUCCAAAAGUUGCCUUCAAUCAAUACUGUCAAAUCCAUUUAGGUCUAAAAGUCAUUUUCCAAUUAUAUUUAAAAUAAGGGAAUCUUUGAAAGAAUGCUAUGACCUCAAUAUUAACAUCGUUUUAGCAUGGAUUCCAGGUCACUCAGGCAUUCUUGGUAACGAAAAUGCAGAUGCCUGUGCGAAGACAGCUAUUGCAACAGGUUCCCUCCAAUACUCAAAAAUUUUCUCCCAUGACUUGCGCACCAUCCUGAAACCCACAUUGCAUGAGAAUUGGUCCAGCAUUUGGCAAGUUUCCAAAAACUCUAAAGGCAAAUUUUAUGGAGAUCUACAACCCGUAAUUCCUCAGAAACCUUGGUUCUCGAAAUUUAAAAUUCCCAACAAGUCAGUAAUUUCAACUAUUUGUCGUCUACGUUUUAAUCAUGCUUGUACCCCAGUAUUUUUGGCUAAAAUAAGAAUUAGGGACAAUUCCUUGUGUGAAUGUGGUCUAGAUGAGGGAAACGUGGAUCAUUUAUUCUUCAAUUGCCCUUUAACACAACCUUCUUUAUACAAUUUUAUACCUCCUGAAAUUCCCCGCCCAACUUCCUUUAAAUGUCUCCUCUCUCUAGUUUUCACUCCUUUUGUAUAUAUUUUGUGUAAAUAUAUUAAAAUAAAUAAGAUUAAGUUGUAAAUAGCACUAAGUAUAAGAAAAUAAAACUUGUUUCAAUCUUAAGCACCGAUCAAUACCAUUAAAAUUAGUAAAAGAAUACUCUAAGCUUGGUGGUCUACCUUAACGUGACAUUGGCAAACUUGUGGUAUACCUUCCACAGGAGCCAUAGUAGGAAGAAUAGAAUAGAAUAGAAAUCUUAACUCAAUUUCGACAUGAUUGUGGUUUGGAAUGUUUUCUGGAAUUAUGUCCAAUUAAACGAUUUAAAAGAGUGUCAAUAGGAUUCUAGCCACUUCUCAUGUUCAUUCUACUUUUUUGAAUUGAAUAAUUAAAUGAUGAUAACUUCUUUUUAUAUUAUUCAAGUGAUAAAUUCUUAGAUAACAUAGUGUUUAUACUUUUAAAUGAUUGUUUUCCAGAAAUAUAUACUGUAUUUCUGGUGCCCAUGCAAUGAGGGGCGAGCCCAGUGCAGUAUUACGGGCACAAUUCCAGACUUUCUAUUUCUUCUGCGAAUUACCUUAUUGAAAAACCCGAUGCCACUGCACAACCAGGACAGAACCUAAGAAGAGUUCUUACUGACUCUACGCCACCGAUCAGUAAAUUUAAACAAUUUGUUGUUUUUAAAGUGAUAACCCUCACUUCUAGGAUAAAUCCACAAAUAAAAUUUGAAAACAUUUUUUUUUAAAUGUACUCUAACCAACUGAGCUAACCGUUUGGCACGGAACGCCGGAGGUCGUGUGUUCGAGGCCCGCAUCGUUCAUAAAAUUUUGUUUUUUAAAUUUUAUCUCAGAAAAUUUAUAA